AUGUCUCGCAACUACUAUGGAUUCUUAUCAAUUGCACUUAUUUUCACAGGUUUUCACUUUUUUCCGGAUAGUUUUCCCUUUUUCCAAUAUUGCGUUUUUUUUCAGUAGUAUUAUUUAUUAGUGUGGAAGCAAGAUACAAACGACAAACUUAUCAAUAUGACCCAUAUUUGAUGUCUUAUGCACAUCCACAUCCAGGAACAAAAGUUCAACAAGGAUAUUUGGCCAGAUAUGCACCACAAGAUUGGCCAAAAUGGUUAGUUUUUUGAAUAGUUUUUCUGGUGAAGCUGGAAAAAAUGACCCAUUUAUAUUUGAUAAAUGACUUUUUGAAACUUUUUAUCCCACAGAAUUUCGAUUUUCCAAGCGGAAAUAUAGUUUAUUGAGAUCAUUUCUUAAAAACAAAGAAUAUUUUCUAGUAAGAAUGAAAGAGAUAUAGAACAUUUAUUCAAAUUUUUAAAAAUUUUUAAAAUAAAACCUUGCUCAGAGUUGAAGAGUAGCAAACUUCUUAUAGGGGAAUCGAAAAAUCUUAGAAGAAUAUGUUCAAUUUUAUCUCAUAAAUUUUGGGUUUUUGAAAAUCAUUUCGUUAUUGUGAAGUUAUCAGAAUUUGCGAAAUUAUAGGAAGUUCUAAAAGUUGUAAUUUCUAGACCCGAAAAAAAUGUUGACCUACAAGCAGUUUCGCCAUUGACAAAAUGCGUACCAUUUGUUCCAAAUGAAAAAAAUUCUGCAAUAUUGGCCCUAAUUGGAUGAUUCCUUCGACUAAUGAGAGCACAACUAAAAUUUGAAUGUUUUUUUGGUUACAAACAUAUUUUUCCUCAAUCAUUUUCAAUAAAAAAAAAUUUUCAAGAUUCAAAUCAACUUCACUUCUCAUUCCAAAAUACCUUUAUUCUUCCAAAAAUCAAGAACUUUUCCCCCAAACUGAAAUGCUCAUUAUUUUUUGGGACCAAGUCUUAUGAAUCCAAGCCGUCCAGUCUUCACAUAAGAAACAUUUACAUACCUCCCCGGAAAUAUCAGUCAAAUAUAAAUAAUUAUUUCCAGGUAUUCUCGCAACAUGAUGAAAUGGACCGGACACUCUCGCUUUUCUCCAUAUGAAACCAACGAUGUCCGAUAUCCAUCUUGGCACAAUGAUUUUGUUCAUCGUAAUGUCUAA